AUGAACGAUCCUUAUGAAGAACUCAAAAUUUUAAAAAAUUGCCGUGGGGAGGAUCUCAUAAGCGAAGAUGAAUUCACUGAAAUACGUUCUCUGAUAAUGAAUAAACGUAAAGAAGCUUUUAAAACUGCAGAAAAACAGCCUCCACCCAAUAACGACAUUAACGGUAUUUUAGCGGGUAAAAAAUUGUUGGAAGGGCCCAAGCCUUCACAAAGUAAAAGUCUACCAAAUUUGCCAAGAACAGAA